CUUUUGACGCAAUUUUAACAGAAGAAAUUAUUUCAAGGAUCUGGAAAGCACGUGUGUUUACAAAUAUAUUGUUCGGUUUGUAGUUCUCCGUGCAGUUCCUUUAUUUUUGAAAAAAGAAUGGGCAGACCAGGUUUUAGUCCUCGUGGAAGUGGCAGAGGUUUUGGUGAUCGAGGGAGUCGCGGUGGUGGAGGCCGUGGGGGCUUUGGUGACCGUGGAGGGCGAGGGGGCGGACGUGGUGGAUUUGGUGACAGGGGUGGUGGCCGGGGAGGGUUCAGAGGCGGUAGGGGAGGGUUUGGAGAUCGUGGUGGCCGAGGAGGCGGUGGCAGAGGAGGAUUUGACCGUGGGCGUGGUGGUGGCAGAGGUCGUGGUGCACCCAGAGGCGGGAGAGGUGGAUUCCGAGGAGGGAGGCAGGUUACAGUAGAGCCACACAGGCAUAAUGGAGUGUUUGUUUCCCGUGGCAAGGAGGAUGCCCUGGUUACUCUCAACAUGGUCCCUGGGGAGUCUGUCUAUGGGGAGAAGAGAAUUUCAGUCGAGACUGGAGAGACAAAAACUGAGUACAGGGCGUGGAACCCCUUCAGAUCCAAGUUAGCUGCGGCCAUAUUGGGCGGUGUUGACCAGAUCCACAUGGGGCCAGGAAAGAAGGUCCUCUACCUUGGUGCUGCAUCGGGUACCACUGUCAGCCAUGUGUCAGAUAUUGUGGGGCCGGAGGGUCUAGUGUAUGCUGUUGAGUUUUCACACAGAAGUGGCCGUGACUUGAUAAAUGUGGCCAAGAAGAGAACAAACAUUAUCCCCAUCAUAGAAGACGCCAGACACCCACACAAGUACAGGAUGCUCGUUGGUAUGGUAGAUGUGAUAUUUGCUGACGUAGCCCAGCCAGACCAGGCCAGAAUUGUAGCCAUUAAUGCACAUCACUUCCUAAAGAACAGUGGACAUGUUGUUAUGUCAAUAAAGGCUAACUGUGUGGACUCGACAGCAGCCCCAGAAGCAGUGUUUGCGGGGGAGGUGAGCAAGUUGAAGUCUGAGAAGAUCAAACCGAUGGAGCAGCUCACACUGGAGCCGUACGAGAGAGACCACGCUGUGGUUGUAGGGCAUUACAGACCACCGCCGAAGAAAUGAGAAGAUUGUUUGGUGAAAGUGUUCAGACAUUGACAGAUUAUGUGUAUACCUGUAAUACAAGCAAACGCGAGCAGGGCCAGCAUUAUAAAUAGUGGUCCAUAGAAAUGAAAUGAAGGAUCAGGGUCUAUGUUGGCUGUUGAGUUUGUUUUGUUACGAUUAUGGAAAUUGUUUAAUAAUUGAAAUGUUAUUCAUAGUUGAAUAACUCCAACUAAUAUAAAAAUUUCACUUCAUGACCUAAAAAUAUUCUAUGAAAACCAUAUGCAAAGAAUUGUUUAGUUAACUUAAAAGAUAGGCAUCUAAUGACAUUUAGAUAUACUUAUUUUCUGCUUGUGUAGACUUAUGUUGAACAAUAUUGCUUGUUAAUGAAUACAAUCCUCUUAUUAAUGCUUCUUAAAAGAACAUACAUGCACUCAGCUGGAUUCUGUAGAAUUUCAUCAGUAGAUCUGAAAGUUAGUAGGAAAAACUCCCAAGAUUACAAAUGUUUAUUUUGUUAAAAAGCUGUGUUCUCUCAAAAGGUUGAUGUUUUUUGUGCAUUUGUAUAUAUUUUAUCCUGGCAUUUUAAAAUUCAAGAUUUUAGAGGAUUUUGUCAUGACAGUGAUAAUGUUUUAUUGUUUGUCAAAAUAAAUGUAAUUACUUUGCUGCAGCUGUGCAUCAAUUGUUACAGCUGGUUGUAGGAAAAAGGCAAUUCUAUUAGUGUUUUUUGUUAGUGUAAUGACGUUAAUGAACUGCUGAAAGGAGGAAGUUGGUUUUAUCUUUUAUCAUGAUCAUCAUUCAUGUACAUUUAUAUUUCAAUAUCGGCAUUGAUGUCAUCAGACAUGGGAUCAUUCUGUAUAGAUAACGAUUGUUCUUUAUCUACUGUAAAAUAAAUUUAAUGAAAAACCUU